AUGAAGCCAUUUAUAACAGGGCAUGAGGAGUUGAUUCAUGACAUAAAGUACGAUUUUUAUGGUAAACAUAUUGCAACAUGCUCAUCAGACCAACAUAUUAAAGUGUUCGACUUGGACUCGUCAACAUCGACAUGGGUACUAAACGACCUGUGGAAAGCCCACGAUUCUCUGAUAGUGAAACUUUCGUGGGCACAUCCGGAAUUUUCUAGCAGUAAGAUACUUGCAUCAUGCUCAUAUGAUCGGACAGUGAAGAUUUGGCAAGAACAACCAGAAGAAUUGCAUGGGUCUGGUCGAAGAUGGAUAAAAUUGGCCACAUUGGCUAUUGAGUCGUAUGGACCUAUCUACGAUGUGGUGUUUGCACCUAACCAUUUAGGGUUGAAAUUGGGAUGUGUGGGACUGGACGGGAUAUUUCGAAUUUAUGAAUCAUUAGACCCAUCUGAUUUGACUAACUGGGUUCUUACAACUGAAAUACCAAUACUAAGCGAUCUGUUGCCAGCGAAGAGUUUGCAGAGUAGUUUUGGUAUAGAAUGGUGUCCUGCUAAGUUUACCAAGACGGAGAAGUUCAUAAUUGUGGCAUUGGACCAGGGGUUUAUAUAUGGCACGGCUACCAAUAAUCAGAUGCAUGAUGAUGAAUCAUUGGGGGAUUUUGGGUCCGAUGCAGAUCAGAGUUCUAUAAGUAGCCAUUCAAAUAGUAAAGUUACGAAACUAUGUGAUUUACCUGAACAUAAUGGGUUGAUAAGAUCAGUAAGUUGGGCCCCAUCAAUGGGUCGUAAUUAUCACUUAAUUGCUACGGGUUGUAAAGAUGGAUAUGUGAGGAUAUUUAAGGCUGUAGAGUCGGCCAAUGGUGAAUUGAAAAUAGAGACAUUGGCAAAAUUGAAUGACCAUAAGCUGGAGGUGUGGCGAGUUAACUGGAAUUUGACUGGAACAAUUUUAAGUUCAGCGGGCGACGAUGGGAAGAUCCGAUUAUGGAAAUGUAAUUAUCUAAACGAGUGGAAAUGUAUGAGUGUCAUCAGUAGUAGUAACAGACUGACCAAUAGGGAAGUACAAGAAGAACCAUUGGGCAAAGCCGUUGCUACGAAUACAAGAAUAAAUUAA